AUGAAUAAGAUUCGGGAUUUGAAUGGGAAUAGUUUAUUUUGUGCACCCUGAGUAUUCCCCCAUCAAAACACAAUUUUGCAUAAAAAGUAUACAUUUUUUCAUAUGGUAAUUUAUGAAUGGUACAACAAAUCAUACCGUUGACAAUGUGACAAAAAGGUUUAUCAAUAUAAUGUCAUCAAUAUAAAUCACUACUAACAUAUGAUAUUUAGGUGAAUGAACACACUAAUAAUAUACAUGUUGAAGAGAGAGUGACAGGCAGGGUUGGGUCAGCUCCCACUGGGUGUGGUUUAGUGUCCAAGAGGGGCGGGGCCAAGAGAUGAUUGGACGGAGGCGUGGCCUCCAGCCUGAAGCGUCCUGACCGCUCACUUAGCGGCGGCGGCGGCGGAGGGUCUGUCAGAGAUGGCGUGCUUGAUGGCCGUCUGGUCCGCCCACAACCCCGCCGUCACCAACGCCAUCAUCAUGAACACCAACGGGCCUCCAGACCUGAUGCUGGACCCUCGAUCCGUGUGCGUCUUCGUGGACCGGGUGGACGAGGCGCGGGCGCCGUCGCCUCCGGGACAUGGGAGGAAGAUGGACACCAGCCUGACCGAGGCCCAGAGGUUCUCCUCGUUGCCGCGGAGACCAGCCGUCAACAUGGAGUUCAGCGACGUGUCGUACUCCAUAAGAGAGGGGCCGUGGUGGAGGAAGACAGGUAACAAGACUCUGCUCAGAGGGAUCUCUGGGAAGUUCUCCAGCGGGGACUUGGUGGCCAUCAUGGGGCCCUCAGGGGCCGGGAAGUCCACACUCAUGAACAUCCUGGCAGGCUACAGGGAGAGGGGAAUGAAGGGGGAGAUCCUGAUCAACAGUCAGCCCAGAGACCUGCGCUCCUUCAGGAAAGUGUCCUGUUACAUCAUGCAGGACGACAUGCUGCUACCUCACCUGACCGUGCAGGAAGCCAUGAUGGUGUCCGCCAACCUGAAGCUGCAGGAGAAGGCGGAGGCUCGCCGGGAGAAGGUGUGGGAGAUCCUCAUCGCUUUGGGGUUACUGGACUGUGUGAAGACCAGAACGUCUCACCUGUCGGGGGGGCAGAGAAAAAGGCUGGCCAUCGCUUUGGAGCUGGUCAACAACCCACCCGUCAUGUUCUUUGACGAACCCACCAGUGGGUUGGACAGUUCCUCGUGUUUCCAGGUGGUGUCGCUGUUAAAGGCGUUGGCUCGAGGUGGCCGUACUGUCAUCUGCACCAUCCACCAACCAAGUGCCAAACUCUUUGAGCUCUUUGACAAGCUCUACGUGCUGAGUCAGGGUCAGUGUAUCUACAGAGGAAACGUUUCCAGCCUGGUUCCUUACCUGAGGGACCUCGGACUCAACUGCCCCACCUACCACAACCCGGCCGACUUUGUGAUGGAGGUGGCGUCGGGGGAGUACGGGGAUCAAAUGGUGCGCCUGGUGACGGCCGUGCGGAACAGGAAGCACGAGGGCGACCAGCAGACGGAGCUGAACGGAGACGCCAAGCCCCACACGGUGAUGUGGCAGCGAGCUGACGAGGAGUCGUCGUCUGAAGGUUGUCACAGUUUUUCUGCCAGUUGCAGGGUUCAGUUCUCCAUUUUGUUUAGAAGAACCUUCCUCAGCAUCCUGAGAGACUCGGUGCUGACUCACCUGAGGAUCACCUCCCACAUCGGGAUUGGCGUUCUGAUUGGCCUGCUUUACCUGGGCAUCGGCAACGAGGCCAAGAAGGUCCUCAGUAAUUCGGGCUUCCUCUUCUUCUCCAUGUUGUUCCUCAUGUUCGCCGCUCUGAUGCCAACUGUUCUCACAUUUCCUCUGGAGAUGGGAGUAUUUCUGAGGGAACAUCUCAACUACUGGUACAGUCUCAAGGCUUUCUACUUGGCUAAGACCAUGGCCGACGUUCCUUUCCAGGUGGUAUUCCCGGUGGUGUACUGCAGCAUCGUGUACUGGAUGACGGCACAGCCUCCAGACGCCACACGCUUCUUCCUCUUCCUGUCCCUGGGGGUCAUGACCUCGCUGGUGGCACAGAGUCUUGGCCUGCUAAUUGGAGCUGCUUCCACCUCGCUGCAGGUGGCCACCUUUGUGGGUCCGGUCACCGCGAUUCCGGUUCUGCUGUUUUCUGGCUUUUUUGUAAGUUUUGACACGAUCCCUUGGUACCUGCAGUGGAUGUCCUACAUCUCCUAUGUCAGAUACGGUUUUGAAGGAGUCAUCCUGUCCAUCUAUGGUCUGGAGCGAGAGGAUCUUCACUGUGAUCAUGAUGACACGUGUCACUUUCAGAAGUCUGACGCCAUCCUGCAGGAACUGGACAUGAUGGACGCCAAAUUAUACCUGGACUUUGUUGUCCUGGCCCUUUUCUUCUUCUCGCUGCGUCUCAUCGCUUACUUCAUCCUCAGAUACAAAAUCAGUGCCGAGAGGGACAGGAGCAGGUCUCCAAGCUCCUGUAGUUUUUCCUCAGCGGAGACACCACAUGACAGAUGGACCGGGAAGUACUUUAUACGGUCAAAGCAGAAACUGAGCUUUUCCUCUCAUUGUCAUGCGUGACAGCAGUCAGAAGGUUUGCAUUUUUCUUUCAUUUGUCAACCCUUGGGGAUCCCCCAAUGUGGGGAAUGUUGUCGGUCCCGGGACCCGGAAGGGUUUCAGUCAUAACAGUCUUAAAAGUAAGUCAUAUAUAUAUAUAUGUAUAAACCUAUAUAUAGAUACUAGGGGUGUAACGGUACGUGUAUUUGUAUUGAACCGUUUCGGUACGGGGGUUCCGGUUCGGUUCGGAGGUGUACCGAACGAGUUUCCACACGGACAUAUUAAGUAGCGUAACGCACGUUGUGUAAACAAUGCACACCGAGGCACAACACACGGCAUGCUAGCAGCUAACGGGCCAGGAUAGACUGACCAUACGUCCUCUUUUCACCGGACAUGUCCUCUUUUGCGGAGCUGUCAGGGCGGAGUUUCUUAAAUGCCUCAAAUGUCCGGCAUUUUGAGUUAGGGUUGCGUGUAUUUUCAAUGUACGUUCAGGGUUCAGAAGGGGUUAAAAACAAAACUAAUUGUGCUUGCAGCAGCAUUGGUGAGGGAGGGGCAGAGACAGAGAGAGCGAGAGAGUUAUGAUAAACGCGCAUGCGUCGCCAGGCUCUGCUUUUUAUCCAUAGAUUUAUCACAUUUAAUUUUGUAUUAUCUAUAGCACGGGUGUCAAAAGUGUGCCCCGGAGGCCACUUGCGGCCCACGGCUAAUGUUUUAAAGGCCCACGGCACAUUCUAAAAAUACUAUUCAAAUAAACAAAAACAUAACAAAAGUGAAAUAAAAAAGCUUAAAGGUUAAAUGUAAUUUAGAAAAAGUUGCAAUGUUGACUAAUAAAACAAAGCUGUUUUUUCUUUCUUUCAAACUGUCAUUGCUCAAAACAUAAUAUUGAAUCAAAAUCAAUGUUAUUAUGAAUUAUUGACCUAUCCAAGGUUCCCAUUACUUCACAUCAAAUAUUCCACUAAGAAAAAUAUUUUUGGUGGAAGAUUUUGCAAAUUUGGUAAAUAAAUAACCCAAAAAUGUAUAUUUUGUUGUUUUCUUACUGUACCGAAAAUGAACCGAACCGUGACCUCUAAACCGAGGUACGUACCGAACCGAAAUUUUUGUGUACCGUUACACCCCUAAUAUAUAUAGAUAUAUACUACUUUAAACGCUUAAAUCUCUAGAUCAGGGAUGUCAAAGCCAAGGCCCGCGGGCCGAAAUGAAUGAUAUAUGGCUCACGGGAUGAUAUUUGAUUAGUAUUAGAAGCGGCCCGCAGGCCACAGCCGCCUGCUGCUGUUUUGCACGCACCAAUACUCCAUCAGUGUUGGCGCUAGGAAUUUUCAAAACGGGGUCCCAGGGACCCCAUCAAGUCAUAAAAAUGGGGUCCAACUUUUUUGUAAGCGUUUCGAAAACAAAUGAUAAAUGUAUGCAUGAUCCUGUUAUAUCUCACAUUCUAUAUUGUGUUUUGGAAAAAGGUUGUCAUAAACGUUACUUCAUUCAUUAAAAAUAGAAUACAAAAGAAAACAAAUAUGUAAUUGUGUUCAGUUACAAACAUUCAUUCACGUUCUUCUUUCCUUCAUGAAUCUAAACUUUACCGCUGCCGGUAUUUUUUUUCUAUAUUUUUAUUGUAAUAUUUUCAGAAUGUGUUCUAUUUUUGGCCAAAGUAAGACAAAGAAAACAAUCUGAAGUUGUCCUUAUUUUUUAGUUUUAAUGUCCGGCCCACGUGUGCACAUAUUUUCCUCCAUGCGGCCCCUGAGCUAAAAUGAGUUUGACACCCUGGUCUAGAUGGACUCCAGAUCUGUUGAUAUAAAGGUUUUGAUUUUUUUUGCCCUUUUUGUCAAAGAAAACAUCCUAAACAAUCUAUGCAAUAUUUGUGCACACAUGCACAAUACUUUUGAAACCACAUCCACUCAACUCUUGUGUCACUCCCAAGUCACCAACAUGGUUUUUAUGACAUAUAAGUUGUUGGCAGAUUCAAAGCAACUAUGCGGCUACUAUGAAUAUAUGGUACUCUGGCGGCAUCUAGUGGUUGAGGGGUCAAACUACACCUUUAAGAGGAUUUUCAUGUACACUAUUUCAAAGGGAAAUGCUUGGAUUCAUUUGUUUUUCAUGCAAAAAACAUUUUAAAAUAACAGGUUUGCAGUCUUUUGAAAACUGGGCAUUAUAAAAGGGAGUUAAUGGGGGACAAAAGGAUCCCGGGGAACUCCGAUGUAUACUCACUCAAUAGCUUGUGCUAAAAAUAGCGGACAGUGCACAUUUUGAGAUGAAUUACUUUACAACUCAUGUGGCCAUAUUUAAUUCAGCUAUCUUUUAAAAUGCACAUUCUCUUGCAUGAUGUCAUCUCCAAAGACAACAAAAAAGACCCACACAGGUCCUAGGUCUCCCCAAGGGUUAUAAGGCUAAAAAAAGGUCAACCACGGUCCCUUUGAGGGUUGCUAUGAAAACGCACAAACCGAUGUGGUUUAAGCGAGUGAAGCAAUAUGAGAUGGAAUCACAAACUUUUAAUACAGUUGGGAAAAAUAAAGUUCCUCCUGACUUUUCUAAUUGCUGUCCUGUUGUUAUUA